AUGGAGGGACGUUUUCUGAAGCAGAGUGAAUGGCUGGAGAUUCUAAACAGCGAAAAGCAAGAAAAACGAAUCCCGGUUCUGGAUUCUAUACAGUUUUCAAAACUUGAAACACUCAAUGAAAGAAGAACAUUAAUUUUUUCCACCCCGCCGAUUCACGAAAAGGUCAAUUAUGACGGAUUAAAAUGGAGCAAAACCGAAAACGGAAAACGCCAGCAACCGCUUUAUAGAACGAUCGUAUUCGAUGACUCUCGGUUAUCUCUUGUUCAGUGUACGGAAGCAAGUAACCCUAAUCUUAAAAAAGAGGUUUUGCAUCUUCUGGAUCGUGUUAUCCUCAGAUAUUUUCUAACUGAAAAUGGAGUAUUUGAAAUACCUGAUUCUUCUGAUGUCAAGAAGAAACGAUUGGGAGGUACUGUAUCUGAAGAUUUGAAAAACAAUAUUCUUCCACUGAGAACUACAUCAGCUGCUCUUGUUGUUGCUAAUGGAAAGGGUUAUGAUCUCUCAAGGAAACAGAUUCGGAAUAUGACUCGAAGCAUAAAAUCUGCUAUCCCGGAAAAGAGUGGGAGAAGAGUGAUCACCACAUUGGCUGAUGUCAAAGUUCUCGGUAACACAAAUUCGAACAAUUUGACUUAUUUCGUUGAUCAAAUAGGAGAACUUGUAUUCACUUAUUUGCAUGUUUUCGAAGAUGCUUUAAAAAUCUUUGCAUACGGGUGCCCCACGAAGCGUGAUUUCGAGGAAUGGACCGAACGAGCGAACCGAUUGUAUUCUGAAUCAGCAGAUAUCAGAAAAACUGAAUUGAAUAUGAUUUUGGAAGAUUUCCCGUCUGGUGUAAUAUUCCCAUCUCGUAUCUUUGUCGAUACCACAUUCAAUUUAAGUGACUGCUACGUGACUUUCGUCUUAGGAGAAUCAGGUCAUUUCAGAACAAAGACCAGCAACAAGCCAAGAGUAUUUCCGAUAGGAUAUAUGAUCCACUCUCACAAAGACACUAGCAAUCACCAGAUGUUCGCUGAGAAUAUAAAGACCGCCCUCGGGCCAUUUAUGACGGGACGAGUAGCACCAGCAGUUCUUAUGGAUGGAGAAAAAUCGCUCCAGGAGUUAUCGUCCAACAAAAGUUGGCUCUUGGAUUCAUCUAUCGCUUAUCCUAAGUUGAAAUCUGGAAUGAUUCUACAAUACACAACGAACAACCCGUCCGAGAAUUUCAAUAAACUUCUGAAGACAGUUAUUCAAAAACCGCAUCCUAUUGCUGAACUUAUUCGUAAAGUGAAUGACUUCUCAGAAGAGAAACUUAAUGAAAUUUACAAGUCUGCCAUAGGAGAAUCGGAUCUCGUAGAAUUAUCAAAGGAUUUGAGCAGCUGUAAUGCAUCCAUCAGAGAAGAUCACUUGCGAAAUAUCGGUUUGAUGUGCCCCCAAUUGCUGUCUUACUAUCCACCGAGGACUUUAUUUCAAAAACUCUGUCUGAAAACCUGUAAUAGUGAAGAAGAAUCGAGUCAUUCGAUCAGUGUCAUCUCUAAAACGGCUAAUCACUUCGUCAUGGAAAAUGCAUCUGCACAAAAAGAGUCGGAUAAAGUCUCUCUUAUCACCAGCGUUCAAAACUCUCUACUCUGCUCCUUAUGCGGAAAAACUCUUCCGAAAUUCAUCUGUUCCCACAUUCUCACAAUUUUCAAAGACACCGAAGAUGGGAUGGAGCUCAGUGACGAUUCAGAUGAAGAUACAACAUUCGUUGUGCCCACUUUCUCCGAAAAUCAUUCCAACGACGACGAUUCUCAGGAAUCAGGAGCCGAACAAAUGUAUCAAUUUGAGGAUUCCAAUCAGAAUACUGUUGAAAAAGAGUUUGACAGAAACAAUGGAAAUAUUUUUGAGCAAUCUCCUCAAUCUUCUGACGUUUCCACUUUCUCCCCAAUUCUGACAUCAACUCGCUUAAACGCAUCUGCCCAAAGGAUCAGACGAUCGACUAGACGGUACAGCCCUGGAAAUUACUCUUCGAGCUUAGAAAUGAUGUAG